UUCGGCAAAAUUUUCGGCACACUUCGUCUCAAGAGGUACAACUAUGAACACCCUGAUCGCUUUGUCUUGUCUGUUGGCGGUGGCGCAUGGCAGCGCCAUUGGCGGCUGGGGAUUAGAUGGCCUGGGUGGCCUGGGUGGAUACGGUCUGCCAAUCGUCUCCGCUCCAAUCAUCAAGGCCCCCAUCUACGCUCCCGCCGCGGUCUCCACCGCUAGCCUCGUCAAAGCCGCACCUAUCCCCGUCAUCAGGACUGUUGCUGCUCCCAUCAUUUCCACUCCUAUCGUCAGGACCGUCCCAGUUGUGAGCUCAGUCGGCCUUGGAUUGGGAGGAUUGAACGGCCUCGGUUUGGGAGGUUAUGGUCUGGGAUACGGAGGCCUGGGCAUCGGCAAACUCGGCGGCCUUGGCUGGGGCAAAAUCUAAAUGAGACGAAGUGUUACCACCAAUUGGCUUAACGACAUCCUUGGUUUCAUUGACUGGUCCUUAUAAACUGAGGUCGAUUUCCUACGAACUGUUCUUUCAGAAUCUGUCAAAAUUGUGUUCGGAAAUUAAAUAUUGGAUUUGUUUCUG